AUGUCAGACCCAGUCCAUGCUCAAGGAUCCGCCCCAGGCUCGUCAAACGGGACAUCAAAUGGAGGUACAAAUGGCGGCUCAUCUUCAGCACCCAGGAAACGUACAGCACGAGACUAUCAGUUUGGAACCAAGAUCGGAGAAGGUUCCUACUCCACCGUGUAUCUGGCCAUGGACUUGUAUGACAACAAGACAUAUGCAAUCAAAGUGCUCUCCAAAAAGCACAUUGUCAAGGAAGAUAAGAUCAAAUACGUCAACAUCGAGAAGACGACGUUGCAUCGCUUGGGUCAGCAGCAUCCUGGAAUCGUCAAGUUGUUUUACACCUUUCAGGAUGAGCUGAGCUUGUUUUUCGUGCUUGAUUUCGCCGAGUACGGCGAGUUGCUCUCCAUCAUAUCGAAGUUUGGCUCGCUUCUGGAGCCCGUACUGAAGUUCUACAUGCUACAGAUCAUCGAUGCGGUGCGCUUCAUACACCUGAAGGGCGUCAUUCAUCGGGACUUGAAGCCAGAGAACAUAUUGGUAGGUUAUGACUUCAACCUUAAAAUCACAGACUUUGGCGCCGCCAAACUAAUAGGCGAUGAUGACGAUUCUCAGGAUGAGAAGAUCAAUUAUGACUCUGUUCAGGAGAAUGCUCGGAAAGAUCAGGACCGUAAGGGCUCCUUCGUAGGAACAGCCGAGUACGUGCCUCCAGAGCUCUUGAAAUACAAUGCAUGCGGCUUUGAAACAGACAUCUGGGCAAUUGGUUGUAUCCUCUUCCAGUUUUUUAAUGGACUCCCGCCUUUCAAGGGCAACACGGAGUAUCUCACCUUCGAAAAGAUCAUUGCGCUCAACUACACAUACCGGGGACCAGUUCCACCCAUGGUUAAGGAUAUUGUGGAUAACAUCUUGGUGUACGAGCCUCUGAAAAGGUUGACCAUCCCACAGAUACAGAACAUGGCCUGGUUCAAGGGUAUUCCAUGGAACGACCGAGAUUAUAUCUGGGGCAGAAAGGUUCCCAGAUUUGAACCUUAUUCUCCCCAACAGCCGGUCUCAUAUAAUGCGGCACCACAGAUCAAGACGGGAUCGAAUAGAAACAUGAACAAGUCCUCUUCCAACUACCAAUUGCAUUCGCAGAUUCAGCAAUUUGAUUAUAACUUGGUGCCAUCCAUUGCACCGAAGACAAAACCUUUCCAACCUCCUACUAGAAUCAAGAAGGGAUUCGCCCAGCCUCCUCAAAUGGCACAGAAUAAGCAAAUUCCACAAGGCAUGCAACAGAAUUUACAACAGAACUUGCAACCGAACAUGCAAUCGAACUUGCAACAGAACGUUCAACAAAGUAUGCAACAUAUGCAACAGAACGCUCAACAGAACAUGCAACAAAAUAGUCAGCACGCUAUGCCGAUCAACGUUCAACAGAACAAUCAAGGCAUGCCUACACAAAGCGUGCCGCUCAAGCCACAGCACACGCCCGGGCGUUACGAUUCUGCACAUCAUCAGGAUCAAAGAAUGACUCCUCCAUCACCAUCGAGAGGUGUCCAUCCCUGGAAACCGUUGCAGGGUAACCAGACGGCGAACAAUGUUUAUGGGAGCAAUGGCAUUUCGCAGGCAAACCACAAACAGGUAUUUCCAUCUCCAAAUGGGUUGCAUCAUCAUGAGCCUCCAGCACCUGUGAACAUCACUAGUCAGAAUGCGGCUAAAUUGGCUCUGCAAGGUGCUCUUCCAAAUCUCGAAAAGAAAUUGGCUGAUACUCAGAUCUCGCCUCCUUCUCCCAGAUCUCCACAGAUGAAUAACUUGCGUAACAAUACAGCAUUUCAGUCACCAAACGGGCAGACGAGGUCUGCAGUUUCACCACAAUUACCAUUGUUGCAACAGCCAUUAAAACGGCCACAAACGGCAAACAAGACAGCUAAUGCUGGCUCUCCUCCUCAAAACUUAAACAAGGCUCUCCCACCUUUGAAAGAUAAGGUGAAAGCUACAAACACUGUGAGACUCAAGGAUAUAUCUUCCUUCUUGGAUUCAAACGAGAAAAUCAUAAAGCUCGAUACUAUAUUGAAGCUGACAUUGAGCAAUAGAUUGAUCAACAGAAAGCCAGGAAGCUUGGACGAUGAUGCUAUAGAGAAGCUUAUUCAAAGACAUGAGACAAUUUUGGAUAAGCACAUGACACCGGUUGUUGCAUGUGUCUCCAACAAGGCUCGUGUGUUUUUGAUUGACGAUAGCCUUGAUGUGAUGAUGGUGGACUUGACAGCCAACCAAGGUGGCGACUACCUGAUGUACGACUACGAGUUUGAAUCUGUAGUUGUUGAUGACGAUCAGAGCGAUGGUUCAAGUCUUAAAGGAGAAGAUGUAUUUGGAUACCUCAUAUUGGAAUUAAUUAAGGAGGGAGGUGAUUUAGUAUUUCUCAAGAGAUUCAGCGAAGACGACGUUAAGAGAUAUAAAGACCCCACACGGGUUGUGGACAAAAAUGGAGACCAGGUUAGAAUUGGUGCCAAUAUCGGCUGGAUAGACUGCCUCAUUUAUGCCAAAGAGGUGGUUGAUAGAGAGAUGAAGCAGCGCAGCAGUAACACAUCAUCUGAGAAGUCUGGCGUACAAACACCGCCCAGCAGACCACUGAACGACUCAACCAGGAAGAUGACAGAUGCGCCAACUAAAAGGUCAACCAAGUUGAACGAUAAGAAGCCACCUUUGACGAAGAAAGCGGCAAGUACCAAAAAAACGCAAAGGCCACCAGCAUCUAGAAGUGGCAACACCCCAGCUGGCCAAGGACCACUGGAGGCGAAAAAGAAUUUAAACAAGUUUGCAUUAUCAGCGGCAGCAGCAGCAGCACAACGAUAG